UGACAUAAUACCAGUUAAGAGUUACCAACUUUUUUUAUAAUAAACCAUAUUUCAAUAAUAUUGAAUAAUAUCAGCGCUAUUCAAUUGACUCAUUUAAAUCGCUUUCAACAUAAUUUUCUAUUAAAAAAAUAAGAUUCUAUUUAUUAAUGAUUGUGGCAAAAUUCAUUAGUUAAGUUCUGUACAAUACGUCCCAAAUAAUCUCAUUCCUCGAAAGUACAGUUACUAAUUUUUUUAUUAUAAUCAAAUAAUAUGCCUAUCAAUAUUUCUACACUGAUGAAUAUUUUACAAAAAAAAAAUAUUCUUAUCUAAUUUAUUCUCGAUUUGUACUUACGCCCAAUGAUAUAUAUUAUAAACAAAUUGAUUUAUAGUAUUUAAUAAGCAAAAAUAAUUUUUGUCUAUAUUUUUUGAUGAUACGAAUAAUUGUACCAUUGAUUGAAACACUUUAAAAUGUAUAUUUUGAUAUAUGUCUCACAAUUUAUUGUUUGUAAUAUCGAUAUAUAUCGCUAUUUUUCUUUUAAUAUUAUUGAACAUUAAUAUAAAAAAAAGUUAUAUACAUAUUCGAUACUUAAAUUAAUAUUGCCAUCAAUAAUUAUCUUAGCUUACUAAUGACACGGAACCAAACAGUAAUAUUUAAUAUCACCACUAUGUAAAAAAAGUAUGAAAAACAAACAGCAUUGAGACAGAGAUAAAAAAAAACGGAAAAGGAAAUAUUUGCUACUUAAUUAAUCAUAGCGCUUUCUGUGUAAUACUAUUGUUUAGAGCAAAACUAAAUAGAGUAGUAGAAUAGCUAAUAAAUAAAAAUCAUUACGAUAUUACCAUUUAAUUAAUUAUUUUAACUUGAAAUAUUCACCUCUACAUUGCCUUUAUUUAAGAAAUCAAGAAAUUAUUAUAUAUUAUAUAAAGUACAUUUAUAAAUAAAUAUACAUACAUAUAUGUAUGAUACAUGUAAUAUACAGAAUUAUUAAGAAUGCUCUAAUAAAUGCUAAAACUAAUGAAGUAAUACGUUUUUUUCCUAUGAAAUUUUCAAAUGUAUUUUGUUAGUACCCCAUAGCUCCUAAAUUGUAUCAUUAUUGUCAUGGUGAUCGCUACAAAACAACUUUGUUAUAACAGUAUCAAAUAAAAUCACAUGACAAAAAAACUUGCGUUAUGAUAUCAAUGUUUAAUUAUACAUAAUUAACAUUGAAUCAUUAUUUUAAAAAUAUGAUUGUCUAGAUGAAAUAAUGUUUUUUUUGUUUUCAAGUUCGAAAAUCAUUUAAAAGUAUUUAAAUAGUAUAUUUCAUUUGUUUAUGAUAUAUUUUAAUUGAACAAGUUAAAUAUUUUUGAAAAUGACUACUAAGGAUAAUGUUGAAUACGAUGUUGGUACAUACAGAUGUGAAGGUCCUAUAGAACAUUUUAAAUUUAGAAUAAGCUUAGAAAUAUCUCGUACAUCAUUUCAUCAUAAAAAUACUGAUUUAGAAAAAAAACAUAAAAAAAGAAUUGAAAAAAUUUUUAAAUGGAUGGAGAAAUCACCAGAAGAAAUUCUCAAUCAAAAUGAUUUGGAUGAAACGUCUUCAUCAAUUGAAGGAAAAUUGCACGAUAGCCAUUUGUUAACUGACAUAAACAAUCAUCACAGUGGUCGAGCAAUUCUUCAUGAUGUUGUUAAUAUAGAUAAUAUAAUAACUAAAUCAUUUAAACAAAUUGGUGAAUUAAAAAUAAAUAGUAAAAAUAUAAAUAUUUUUAAAAAGACAUUCGUAGAUGAAGCGCCAUCUAAUAAUUUAAAACUUCAAAAUAGAUUACCAUAUUCAAACCAUAUAAUGCAUAUAAUUUUGGAUCUUGAUAAUAGUAAUAAUGAAACAGAAAUGAAUAGACACGUGCUAGCAUCAUUAUAUUGGAAUCCUAACAGCCAUAUUUUAACAAUAUUGCCAGAUUUUACUAACACUAAUUCAGCUGGGUACAUUCUUCCAAUAAGCACUGUUAAAGAUUCAUGUUUUGAAUAUAGAUUUUGGAUUGAAAAUAUACCAACUGAAACUAAAGAUUUACUUUAUAACAAUUUAUAUCUAACAAAAUUUGACUGUCAUGAUUUUCACAUGCCAGCGAAUGACACUGUUGAUAUUGUAGGAGAAAUAAUAUCAGCUUCAGGAUUUGAGUAUGAUAGUUUAUUUGUACGAUAUCAGAUUUAUAUUCCUUCAGAAUGGAAAUGUUCUCAUCCAAGUUCUCUACACGGUGUAACAAAUAUAUGUCAGCGUAAUAACAACUUUAUGUCCAUAUUUACGCAUUUAUUUAAUGCCACGAUUAUUUUACCAGAAAAUUAUGAAAGUUUAAAAACUCAAAAACUAAAUUCAGCAUUUUUAAUAUUUGAAAUUUAUUCAAUUGAUACUUGGAGAAAAGAACGUAUUGAAGGAUAUGCAUCAUAUGAAAUACCAAUUAAUACUUCUUCAAAAUCUUUAUAUUUUAAGAAGUUAGUAUUAGAAACUUGGCUCCCAUUACCGAGAAAAGUUAAUGAUAAUUUACGUAGAUAUUUCAUUGGUGGAUCAAUUAAGUUAGCUAAUUUUAGCAGUAUAAGUACACCGUUUUCUUUCAAUGAAAAAUGUUUAAGUAAAUUUGGUAUGGAGAUAGAACAAAAAGGUUCUAUAGUUUUAAGGCUUGGACUGUUGAAGCAAUAUCAUAUGCCAGAUAAAAUUAAUAGUAAAAGUAUUUUGUCAAAUGAUACACAAGCUGCUGAAACAUUAUUGAACAGUGUUAAUAACAUACUAGCUAGAUUUAAGGAAGCCAGACAAAGAAUGCUAUUAGCAUGUGAACCUAUGAUGAGUUCAUCUCAUUAAAAUUUUUUAGAAUCAUGAACAUAAAUGAAUUUUAAUAAAUAAAUUCUCUUUUAUAUAAAUGCAUGUUAGCUUCACGAAUUGCCAAUUGUUCAUAGUCUAUUUAUGCAUAUGUUUGUUAUUAACAAAGCAUUAAAUUGUAAAAUAAAUCAUAGGGGAGAACGGGGCUAAUUGUUACAGGGGCGAGUUGUUACAAUCGAGACAUUUUAAUUUUAUAUGAUAAUAGCACUAUGCAAAAUACUUGAUUUCAUAGAUAAAUUAAUUUUGAAAUAUUUUAUGAAAAUAUUAGACAUACCUUACCAAAAUCAAAAUUUAUUCGUUUUUUUUUUUGUUUUUUUAGUAGUAAAAUUUAGUAUAUAUUUUCCUGUUCAUUUUUUGUCACCAAAGAUAUAAUUUGAAAUACAUUUGAUAGUAAAUAUUUAGUCAAUAGGUAAUAUUAUUUUAUUGUCUAUUUUUGAAUCAUAAACAUAAUUAUUUGUUUUAGUAUGAAAAUGGAGGAAAGUUAGUGACUAUAUAUUUAUUACUCAUAAGAAAAUAUUUUUUCAGUAAAUUUAAAAAAUUAGUAUAAUUUACUUAAUUUAUAAUGGAAAAUUACUGAACACCAAGGACAAUAUCUAUAAAUAAAUAUAAAAAUGCUAUACCUGAUAUUUUUUGAGGGGUAUAAUAAAAUAGCAUAAAAUAAGAUUUUAUUUUUUUUUUUUAUAAAUUUUUAAUUCAUAAGGAUGUUAUUAUCAUAAUAUUUUAUAAUGAGAAUUUCUUUUCUUUGCUAUGUUAAGUAUAUUAUAUUAGAAAUAUAUUUAUUUCUAAUAUUGUCACAACUAUAACUAUAACUAACAGAAUUUAACGGCUUACCUUUAUUUUGGGACAAGUUUUGACUUACUAAAAUUAAACCUAUUGGCGUGGUACUUAAAAUACAUAUUUAUUGAAUAAUUUAUUAUUUUAUGAUCGCAUAUAAUCUAUAGAUUAAUUCAUAAAAAUUUAGGCAACUAUUGAAGAAUAAUUACUAAAAAUUAACAAUUGUAACUACUGGCUCUGCUUUCCCCUAGUAUUAUUAUUUUUUUACUACCAGAUCAUACUGUAUUAACUAAUUUUUUUAAUGUUAAUUUUUAGGAUUUUUAAGAAACUUUACAUUUUUUAAUACCUUAUUUAGAAAUACUUUUGGUUAAAAACUUCAACGUUUUAU